AUGGUUCGUGGUCUUCUCGCUUUUCUUACGAUUCUUUUUCUUCUGAUUUCUACUGCUUUAUUACUUAUUGGCAGUGUUUCUGUACCUGCUACCUCCAAAUUAUCCUCCAAGAUGAUGCUGGCAAAGGUGAACAAAGACUUGUUGGGUAUUUUUGGUGUUUGCUCAGACAAUGGCCGAAUUUGCUCCCAUACAAGCUUCGGCUACUCCGUCGAUUCUUUGGUUCAAGAAUUUUACUACAAGGGUGACAAGCGCUAUGUCCUUUCCAAGGUUCUUAUUACCCAUAUCAUCGGCACUGGUAUGUCUUUUCUUAGUGCCUGUCUCGUCUUUCUUUCCUUUUUCGUCGUAAAACAGGCUUUGAAUAUUUUCAACAUUUUGUUUGUCUUUCUCACUGCCUUGGUUACUUGCUGUGCCCUGGGUGUUGAGCUUACCCUGUUUUUACCCCACAAUACUUGGCAAUCUUAUGUUGUUGCCGGUGCAGUCGGAAGCGAUUUGCUUGCAAUUUUGAGCCUUUGCUUUCGUAGUGUUUCCAUUUCUCGUAUGCAUACGCACAAGAAAAGUGAGGAAACUUCUAGUGACACCGUGGAUAGCUUCUCUGCUUAUAGAGAGAAGGAUAAUUAUCCCCUUACAAUGGAUGACAAGCUUACUAACGUUCCCGCUACACUUCCGAAAUUCAAUGAUGCUUUGACGUCGGCGUCCGAAUUGGGCCCUCCUUCCGAUUCCGAUCAAGGUGACUUUCCAUUCAAGGAACGUUUGUCUCCUAGUGUCCACGAGAAUAACUUCUCCUCAAAUACCCCCAUUCGCACUCGCUCUGGUAACUCACUUCCUCAUGAUAAUCUUUUGAAGACUUCUAGUCAUGACGAUAACCCUUACGCGAAGUUUGCAUCCCCAAAUUCUAAUAAUAACUUUGCAAGAUCUCAAACCCAUGAGCAAGGACACAGGAAUUACUCUCCUCAUAAAACUGGUAGAGCUCCCGGUUUCCCACCUGUAAACACAAAUAAGCAAGACAACAAUCCUCUUCUUAGUUCGGAUCCAUUCUCCAAGUCUGACUCUAGUCCCACCAGCAGUGAUGACACGUAUUCUUCGUUCUUUGAUGUCAAUCCUAAUUUAAGAUUAGCUGAAUCCGAACCUACUCAAGGUCAGCCUUCUCCUCCGGUUAACGAACAUCCCUUCUCUCAAAGAGUUACUCGGCCAUUUGCCCCUCAGGUCAAUAACAAUCCAAUUCCUGUUUCAGAUACCAAGGAUACCAAACUUCCUACAGAAGCGAAAGCGAAACAACAAACACACGUACCUGAUUUUCCAAUUGAUAAACAGGAUUCUCAUCCUGGAAACAGGAAUAAUCGGAAACUCGCAACAUCCGGAAAUGUAACGAAAUCUGUUAAGAAUUUAUCUAGAGAAAAGUUGACCACAAAUCCACAAUCUGAACCCAUACAGCCAAAUGCUCAGCGCAGCAGAAAACCUGCGUCCAUGAAUGGUUCGUUUAAUGACUUGUCUAGCAUUCCUUCUGCUAGCACUACCGGUGUCCCUCGUGCAUUUGAGAAGCGAUCUGUUCAGAAACCUGCUAGGAAUACAAUGGAGAGAUCUCCGAAUCUUUCACAAGUUAGUCUUGGGUCUGCGUUUUCUGGUCCAUCAAUGCAUCCACAUAUGAGUAAAGCGGAGAUGCGGAACCCUGCUAAUUUGGCUCCAGUUUCGAGUACUCUAGAUCAGUUAUCCGGCAACGCUGAUUUUGAACUUCCAGUUCGAGGUGGACGUAACAAUCGCCGUAGUGAUGGUGUGAGUCGUAUGAUUCGCUAA